UGAUGGAUGCGAUGUCAUUCCUGGUCUCCAUGAAUCUGUCCGCUUUGAAUGGUCUGGAGAUGUUGACUUGAAUGAUGGGACACUGCAAAAAACAUACAAGAAGUACAGAGACCGUCUCAAAGACAUUUCUAGUAUUGGAAAGAGCAGCACUUCACAGACCAGGCUUGUACUUUCUACACUUCAGUCUGAAUUGACUGAAGAUCUGCAAUAUUUGCAAAGUGCUCUAGAAUCCAAAACAUCUGAACUGGACAAGCUGAAGGAAUGCCAGUGGGCAGUUGAAACAGUGGCUGAGGUAGACCUCACCAGUACAUCUCUUCAAAGACAAGACAGUCAAAGAACACAAUCUAAGCUGGCAGAAAUUAGAUGUAGAGUAGGGUCUCUUGUUCGAGGGAUAGUGAGGAAGCAAAGACAGGCAGCCUCACAUGCAAUGGUUUUCAUGGUCAGCCCUGAAACUAGAAGGAGAAAACCGCAUGCUUUGCCUGUUCAGUUGCUACCAUAUAGUGGACUAAAGGACAGCAUGAUGAGACAUCUUACCAAACAAACUGAAAAUGGAAAUGAAAAGUCGUAACAUAGAAGUUGUUGGAUUGGUAACUGAUGGUGAAUUCAACAGCCUAAGAAGUUUAGGAUCAACUGGACCAACCAACAUUCUUCAAAUUAGAUCAGACUCUCGUGCUCAAGUAUCUCGUCUCAGCUACAACAAGAUGCUUCAAAUGCUAACAUUGAAAGAACUAUCUAAUCCACCUGAAGCUGUAGUCAGUCAUCCAGCUAUCACAAGAGAAAUCCUGAUGCAGUUACAGUCAUGGCAGAAAUCUGGUCUAACAUAUUGGGACAGCAUUGCAAAACUGAGGACAAAAACGUUUCCACAUGGAUUCACUCCUCAUGCUUGGAAUGGAAGUCCUAACACAGCUUAGAAACAAGAAAGGACUGUCUGCGAUCCAUCAUUGCCCAGUUGUUUUAUCGUCACAAAAUACUGGACCUGGAGAAACAAGGGCAGAACUUCCUCAUAUUUGCUUACCAGCUUGAGAUUGAUAAAGUCACAGGGCAGCCAUUUCACGAAAGAGAAGACCACAAUCAUGUGUUAAAGAGGAUAGCUAGUCACACAAGUGGUGGUCCAAAAGGUGGAGAGAUUGCAAGAAGCAAUGGAAUCGCCAGAGACAUGUCUAACCUACGUGGCGCUUUCAGGGCAAAGGAAGCAAAACGUAGAAGAUGCCGAAAGGAUCUUUUCUAAGUCUGUUGCCCAGUAUCUAAGACAAAGAGGUUACACAAAUAAGGCUGUGUAUGUGCAAACAGUGUGCAAUUGGCAUGUUGCUUCUGAUGGACGAGGAAUAUCACAGCUUAAACGAUGUAAAUACAAUUAUGAGAUGCUUCAAUAUGUCUUGGA